CCUCUAUAGGAAGAAAAAUAUAACACCUACCAAACUCACUCAAAAGAUCAGAUCAAAGAAACUAACUUUUAGCAUUCAAUUUUAUGCAACAAGAACAUUUUUCUUCUUCUGUUUUGAAGCCAAACAAAUUCUUCUCCUCCUCCUUUAUUAUUUAUUACUAUACAUGCUCCUGUCUUUUUAAAUGACUACAUCUUAUUCAUUUGCCGUUGUGUUCCAUAUUCUUAUUAUAUUUUCCUCAAUUUCGAGUUUCCCUAGUGGAGAGACAAAGAAUGGAGACCGAGAAAUGAGAUUAGAAUUAAUUCAUCGGCAUUAUAUGGAUGAUGUUUCGGCACCGAAAACUCAAUAUGAUAAGGUUAAGGAUCUAGUUCAAGAUGAUCUGAUUCGAGUUCGAAUGCUAUAUGGUAGAAUAUCUCGUUAUCAUUAUGAUAAUGGUAAAGUAGGAAAACAUUCGUCGGCUAUUAUAAUUACUACUACUAAGGCUUCCAAUUCCUCGGCUGUACUACCUAUUUCUUCUGCAGCUUAUAAAGGAAUUGGACAGUACUUUGUACAAUUUAGAGUAGGAACUCCGUCUAAGAAAUUCACAUUAAUAGUUGAUACAGGUAGCGAUCUUACUUGGAUCAACUGUCGAUACCGUUGUAAGAAAUGCACUUCACGUACAAGGAUGAAUGAUCACAGAAUCUUUCAAGCUGCUAGAUCUCUCUCAUUUAAAACCAUUCCAUGCUCGUCCAACUUGUGCAAGAAUCUUACAUUUUCUUUUGUAACAUGCCCUAGCAAGAGGGAUCCCUGCCAGUAUGAUUACGGAUACCAGGAUGGAUCAACAGCCCAUGGAUUUUAUGCAUAUGAGACGGUGACAAUGAGUCUCACAAACGGUCGGAAGACUAGACUACAUGGUGUACCAAUCGGAUGCAGCUACUCCACUUCCACAGGCACAUUAGGUGUUGUUGAUGGUAUUCUUGGAUUAGGUUAUAACGAUAACUCAUUUGCUACAAAAGCUACAGCCAAGUUUGGCAACAACUUCUCGUAUUGCUUAGUCGAUCAUUUGAGCCCUAAAAAUGUGUCAAGUUAUCUAACAUUUGGAUACAGCAAACAUUUGGUUUCGGGUUCUUCUCCACCAACCAACUUGCAGUUUACAAAUAUUCAAGCCAUAGACGGGCUAUAUCAUGUGAAUAUAGUCGGUAUAUCUAUAGGUGGUUUGGUGCUCAAGAUUCCAUCAGAAAUAUUUUCCUUCCAAAAUCAAGGCGGUGUAAUCUUGGAUUCUGGCUCCAGCUUAACAUUUUUAGUUGAACCCGCUUACAAGACCGUUAUGAAAUAUUUGAUGGCCGCUUUCACAAAAUUUAAACAAGUGAAAGACGAAUCUUUUGAGUUCUGCUUUCAGUCCCAAGGUUUCCAUGAAUCGGCCGUGCCCAAAUUAGUGUUUCACUUUGCGGAUUCUGUUCGGUUUGAACCACACCUAAAAAGUUAUGUAAUCGAUGUAUCGGACGGAGUAAAAUGCCUUGGAUUCAUACCGAAUGCAUGGCCAGGUAUAUCAAUAAUUGGGAACAUUAUGCAGCAGAACUUCUUGUGGGAAUUCGAUCUCAAGUGGAAAAGGCUGGGGUUUGCUCCAUCAACUUGUACAUAAAAUUGAACCAGAACAAAUUGUUGUAAAACUCGUAUCCAUUUUUGUUUGUUCAUAUCUCUUUUUCCGUGUGUUAUUCUCAAAUCUCCUUGUAUUGUGAAUUUAUUAUGUUUGGAGAUCUCGGUAUCUUUCUCUCAUUUGUGCUACAAUUGGCAACUCUUUCUUCAUUUGCCUACA